AUGAGCUCCCGAAUGGCCGGAGCAGCGCUCCCGCGCCACCUAGGCCCCCGCCUCUUCGCGGCCGAGCCGGUGACCGGGCUCGCGGCGAGGGGCGUCAUGCCCGCGGCCGCGAGGAUCCUCCCCGCACGGAUGUCCAGCACGGCCGCCGCGGAGGCCGCCAAAGAAGCUGCCGCGCCAGAACAGCGCCAGAAGACCGUUUCCGCGGCGCCGGAGGGGCAGGACAAGAAGGCCGUCGUCAGCUACUGGGGCAUCCAGCCGCCGAAGCUCGUGAAGGAGGACGGCACGGAGUGGAGGUGGUUCUGCUUCAGGCCAUGGGACACGUACAGAGCUGACACGUCGAUCGACAUGAAGAAGCACCACGAGCCGAAGGCGCUGCCCGACAAGCUAGCCUACUGGCUGGUUAAGUCGCUGGUCGUGCCCAAGCAGCUCUUCUUCCAGCGCCGGCACGCCAGCCACGCGCUGCUGCUGGAGACGGUGGCGGCCGUGCCGGGCAUGGUGGGCGGCAUGCUCCUCCACCUGCGCUCGCUGCGCCGCUUCGAGCACGGCGGCGGUUGGAUCCGCGCGCUGCUGGAGGAGGCCGAGAACGAGCGGAUGCACCUCAUGACGUUCCUGGAGGUGGCGCAGCCCAAGUGGUGGGAGCGCGCGCUCGUGCUCGCCGCGCAGGGCGUCUACUUCAACGCCUACUUCGUCGCCUACCUCGCCUCGCCCAAGUUCGCGCACCGCUUCGUCGGCUACCUCGAGGAAGAGGCCGUGCACUCCUACACGGAGUACCUCAAGGACCUCGAGGCCGGCAUCAUCGAGAACACCCCGGCGCCGGCCAUCGCCAUCGACUACUGGCGCCUCCCCGCCGACGCCAAGCUCAAGGACGUCGUCACCGUCGUUCGCGCCGACGAGGCGCACCACCGCGAUGUCAACCACUUCGCGUCGGACAUUCAUUACCAGGGGAUGAAGCUGAAGGACACGCCUGCGCCUCUCGGGUACCACUAA